GGCGGUCUACAUUCAGUGAACCUUAAUAUAUAAUCGAGUAACCAACCUCCUGAACACUUCCAAGUUUGACUUGAGACCGUUAUAAUGACUGCGCUUAGUAUCGCACGCAAUUUAACUAACAUGGAUUCAUAUUUGGAAAGCCAACUUACAACGACUGAGAAUAUCAUCUUUAGUGAAAAUGUCAGUGGCUCGAAUGCAGACCAGUCCUACAUUGAUUCUCUGGAGAGCGCGUCUGCCUAUCUGUGGAUUAUUAUUUCUCCGAUAUUUCUGUUCGUGGGGGUGUUCGGAAACAUUCUGAACUUGUUCGUUUUGCGAAGAAUGCAUUUUGAGAAGAACCCCACAUUGAUUCUGCUAUUUCUUCUCAGUGUUACGGACAUAGCAGUUCUUCUUGUCGGACUGCCCCGCUACUGGGCGAGGGACGCGUUUCAGUUUGAUCUCCGAACCGUUUCCCAGUUCAGUUGCAAAUUCAGCUUGUUUCUGAUUUACAUUUCUAUGCAGCUGUCGUCAUGGAUACUCGUAUUGGUGUCUGUGAUUCGCGUGAUCAAAACAGUGUUGCCUUUGCGUUACCCAAAGACAAAAAUCCGAGUUACAAGAAAAAAUACUCUGACCGUGUUUUGCAUUGUAGUCAUAGCUCUAUGCAUCAUCAACUUUCACUUUUUUAUCACAAACGGCGUUAUCACAGAGGAUGGAGAGGCUUCUUGCACGUCUCUCACACCUGACUUCAGAAAUUUCGACGAAUAUGUCUUUGUGUACAUAGACUUUCUGAUGAUGUCAGUUUUUCCCGCCAUUAUAAUAAUCGUCUGCAAUAUUUUCAUUUAUCUCGUUUUGAAAAAUAUGAAACAAAGACGUGCGUCUACAACUUCUACAGACAAAGUGACGUCAGAUUCUGUUUCAAGAGUUACCCGUAUGCUGUUCGUCACUAGCUCAUAUUUCGUCAUAUCUACUGCUCCAAUAUCUCUUCAUUUCAUCGUUGACUCAUAUGUUCGCCCUGGAUCAGAUGAUCUGACUCAAGCAAAACUGGACAUGUCUUUUACAGUGCUUUAUUUAUUCCAAUUUUCUCAUUUCGUCAUCAAUUUCUACUGUUAUACAGUCACCAACAAGAGAUUUAGAAGAUCAGUCAAAAAGUUAAAAGACGAGGUCAAAAACAGAAUAACCCGCCAUGGCGGUUUGGCCUCGGACUCCCAUGACGUCAACAGUUCUGCAGAGCGAUCUAAAAACCAGUCUAUGGAUGCUGUCUCCAAAUCACACUAUUAGGACCGCAUUUUACACAGCACUCAGAAUUCCGAUCCAGUCAACACUGAAUGAACACAACGGAAAGCGCUUCUCGUGUGCUCCCAACCCGGAUAUGUCGAAGAUUAAACGAUAUAAAGAGAACAGAGUUGCAGUAAACAUUAAAUUAACGUUGUUCAAUAUUAAUAAAAAAAAUAUUUCAUAUAGCUUCGUGUUUUACUGUAAGCAGUAAAAAUUAAUACCGUUUGUUUUAUAGUGUGAGGCUAAAAAUCUGUUUUACUACUUGAGACUCUCUAAAAAGAUUAUAAAUUGAAAACAUCCGGAUUUUAAAAUGAUGCAAUUCAUGUGCCUAUUCAGCUAUAUGCCUUUUGUUUCCCCGUUUUGUACACUAAAGGUCUAUGACGAAUGAUUUACCUAGCGUUUGAUAUAUAUUUAGGGCAGCUUUGCAUAUAAUGUUGCAUGUUCAUAUUACUUGGAGUAUUGCUAGUUCCUCUCCGUGCCAGUGACAUUGUAUAGAUGGAGGAUGUUUGGCUUAUGGGGAAUAGGACACAAAGCCGCAACCCGGAAACAUCCGGAACCGGUUUCCUCCGAUAUUCACCACAUUCUUGUUCGAUUUGUACAACUGCUUGCAAAGCAUAUAUAUCUAUUGUACAAGAAGAAUACAAGUAAUUGUUCUUUGACUACCUAGUAGUCUUUAUAAUGAUGUUUAAGCAUCAGUGGCAUAAGAUAGCACAUAUUACCUAAUUGUACAUAAAGUUUAUUUAUUUUACUGUUCUUUUUUUAUAAAUAAAUUUUCGAAUAAAUAUUGAUAAGAAUUCCA